AUGGCGCCAAAGCGGAGACGGGGCAGCGCCAACGCCGCCGAGCUGCUGAGCCAGAGGAGCAGGGGGGUCGGGGACGCCGGGGCUCUGUACAGACACUGUCUGAGGCUCCUCAGAGGAAUCCUCCUGCAGGAGGAGAGGAGUUUCGUCAAAGUGUGGAGCAAGACGUCAAAGUCCACAAUAAUGUACGAGAAUGGAAAAGUCUACUUUGAAAAUUACCAGAACUGCUACAGCUGUGUUCACGCUGAGCCACAUGCUUUGUACAAAUUGCCUAAGAGGUCCAGACAUGAGAAAAUUGAAGAUGCAUUGCUGUGUCAGAGCCCACUUGACAAAACAUUGUCCUCUCCCUCUGAUCAUAAACCCAGCUUCCUGGCAUUGACAGCCAAUAACUGGCUGUACCGCAUCUCAGCUGACACAGGAAAAGAGCUGGAGAGAGUUUACCUCUCUCCAAAUUACAAGUUCAGGUAUCUUGGCUGGGAUUCUUAUCAAGAAAUGUUUUAUGUUAAAUCUGUUCAAAACAAAGAAACAUCUUUAGCAAGACAGGCAGGUAUCUCCCAGAAUGUAGUGAUGCACUUGGGAGUAUUUAAUAUUUUCCCUUUGCAAAUUGUGGGCAUUUUGGAAAUCAACAAAAAGGUGUUUGGGAGUGGCGUUACCGAUGUGGUUCUGUCUCAAGGUGUCCUUGUAGUGUCUCACAGCAACAAGUCAGUGAAGCUCUACAGCUUUGAGCACAUUGUCCAAAGAUACCUAAUAGAAAAGUUAACUCUUGGAAAGCCGAGUCCACUUCUUGAGAACAAAAUAGUUGGAGAUGUUCCAUCUGGUAUCCCAGUAAAUAUCCAGAUCACAGAUCGUCUGCCAGUGCUUUUUGAGGUGUCAUGCUCUAAUAAUGGGGUCCAGAUUGGAGGCUACCCUUGGCACUACAUUUACACUCCACCGCAUAGAAAUCACAGGGGGACUCACCACAUCUGCUCUCUCAAGGACAACACCAUGGCAACAAAUGGAAUACAAAACAUGAACUGCUGCUCUCUAGAGAGUGAUGGGAUCUUCUUUCAUCCAGACGACUCUGGAAGGAUCAUCCAUGUUGGACCUACCACCAUAAAUGUCCUCAAAAUCCUUGGUGAACUGCACGGUUCUUUACCAUCAAAGGUAGUUGAGGAUUUCUCUUUGACGACUGCUCGAAGGAACGUGAGUCCUGCCUCCCAAUUUACUGUUACCUCAUCAGGCCGCACAGUUAAAAGAAGAUUCAAUCAGAUGGAUGAUGACCCAAGCCAAGAGACUUUUCGAAUGGUGGAAUUCGAGGAUGAGCUUGACCUUCUGGUGGUGGUGUUAACAAAUGGUGAGGAGGAAGAGGGCCGAGCUCACAUUCGACUGCUUGACAACCAAACGGGACAGUUCCAGCGGCAGAUCGAUCUGGUGGAACCUUGGGAUGAGACGUAUCGACACGAGUUGUUCUUCGACAAAGACACAAUUGUUCACAUUGAACAAAAGAACAGCAACUUCUGCUGCCACGUUUACAAGCUCAGGACCACCAGAAAAUAG